AUGUUACAAACUUUUAAGACUUGCUCAAGUCAAGGAAAGGAAUAAUAUUUAACUUGCUAUAAUGACAUAAUUUUGAGUUCUAAUAAUUCAUGUGAUUCAUAGAAGGAUCAAACAGUUUAAAGUUCCUUUAAAUUCCAGAUGGAUGUAAAGAUAAAUGUGAUAAUAACAAAGAUUAUAAUGAAGAUUUUGUAUUUAUUGAAGAUGUACGUUAUCAUAAUUAUUAGUAUUAUCUUUAUUUAAUAUCAACUUGAGGAUAAAUGCCUAAAAUGUACUAGUACAUAAAGUUAUUUAAUUUGCUAACCUAAAAAUAUUAUUUUGGGUAAUCUCUGGAUUUAUGUUCAGAAUACACAAAAAUAUAUGGAAAUAAUUACUAAAGCAUAGUUAAUAUUAUACUAAAAAAUAACUAUUUAAGGGUUAACAAUUAGUAAAAGAGUUUAGGAUCUAUCAAUAACAAAAAGCUCUACGGAUACAAUAUUUUAAUUUAUUUCAUCAUAUAACACAUUUAAUUUCUAAAAAAAGGAUGGUAUCUAUUAUAGCUAUUUUUCAAAUAAAAGAAUAUUUGGAGGACCAUUAGUAUAGGUUAAUGCUGAAGUUAAAUUUACAAAAAAAAUCGGACAUAAGAGUAAUUUAUCACAAUAUUUUUUGAAAAGUUUUAUGGGAUAUUUAAUUAAAUAACGAUAUACUUACAUUUAAAUUGAAUGA